UGUGGAAGAACCUUUUUAAGGAUUGUGGUGUUUAUUUAGAAAUAGAAUGGGGAAAAAAAAUUAAAAAAAGGAAAAAAGCGAGCUUUGGGAGAUGCUGACGUUCAGGUAGAGAGGGAUGCAUUGGGAAGAGAGGAAGGAUAGAAACAGGAGGCGGAGGAUUGUUUGGUCUAAUUCGCCUAUUGUGGACUUCACCGUGACUCUUGUGGUCAGUCUGGAACUCUGUUGCUGCUAUGUCAUGGUGGACAUGAUGACAGCUCAUAGAGAAAUUCAAUUGAAGAGAAACACUUAUCCAUGCCAGGACUCGUGGUACACGCCUAUAAUCCUGGUAUUGGGGAUGAUGAAACAGAAAGAUUCCGAUGUUCUAGGCCAACGUGAACCACAAAUCAAGACUUAGCUCCUGAAGAAAAAAAGGCCAGGUUACAAUAACAACAAUAAAAUCCAACGCACCCAAAAAUCCAUUCACGUGUAAUCACUAAAUCUGGUAUUGAGCCAGUUUUUCCAGAAACAGAUACUACAGUCUCCGUGUAGUCCAGCAACCUAGGGACAGAUGAGCACCAAUUUACGUGUCCACUCCUGGCCUUGCUCCUACUAUCUGGACCCCGAGAAGCAAUGGGUUCCUGGAAAACUGGUCCUGACACCUCAUUCACUGAAGUUCACUGUGGACAAAACUGAAGAGGUCCUUGUUGGCCUGCCCCUCUCCAGCAUCACUGAGAUCAGGAAAGAGUCAUCUCUCUUUAUCUUCAGUGCGAUCACAAUCCUGGAGAAGGACCAGACCAAGCACUGGUUCAGCUCACUGCAGCCUAGUCGAAAUGUGGUCUUCAACAUCAUCGAGCAUUUCUGGAGGGAGCUGCUGCUGUCCCAGCCAGACACUGCUGCUGACAUAACCUCCCACAUGACCAAGGGGCAGGAGCUGAUAGGACUGAUGGCAAAUUCCCAGAAACGCAUGGAAGACACAGCAAAGGACCUUCAACAACAGAGCGAGCAGCUAGACAGUGUCUUGAAGGGCCUGGAGAAGAUGGAGUCCGAUCUAGAUGUGGCUGACAGAUUGCUGACAGAAUUGGAGACUCCUUCCUGGUGGCCUUUUGGCUCUAAGUUUUGGAAGAUGCCGGCAGAAGUAAAGCUCAAGGAUGGUGUCUCUCUAGACACUUGUGAGGCCCUUGGAAAGGAUGGAGUUGUGAUCACGGUGCCUGCUAUUGUUUCUCAGAGAACAGAGUCUCAUUCCAAGCUGGGAAAGUUCACUGUCCUGGUUUCUGGUUUGGAGAUCUAUGACUCCAGUUCAUUGCUCCUGCACAGAUUUGAGAAGGAAGAUGUUGAUGAUAUCAAGGUUCACUCUCCUUAUGAGGUCAGCAUACGCCAGCGGUUCAUUGGAAAGCCAGACGUGGCUUACCAGCUGCUAUCUGCUAAGAUGCCAGAGGUCAUUCCCAUUUUAGAAGUGCAGUUCAGCAAGAAGAUUGAGCUCCUGGAGGAUGCCCUAGUGCUCAGGAACAAGGUCGGUGCUUCCCCUGCAGAGAGUAGCUGCUCCAGUCGGCAUGCAGCAUCCACAGUGAAGGACUGCACUACACACCGAGAGCUGCCCACAGGAGGACAGGAAGGCGAGCAGCUGCAGCUGCAGAAGAACUGGCCACUACUCUCUGAGGAGGAAGCCCAGGAGCUGACACAGAUCCUGAGCAAAAUGAAGGGGCUCGCACUGGACACCGAGGCAGAGCUGGAACACCAGGAUGCGGCUCUGGAUGGCAUCACUGUGGCUGUGGACCGGGCAACCCUGAAUGUCGACAAGCAUAACCGGCGUAUGAGGAAGCUAAUGUAGAGAGGCAAGCUGCAGAACAUCCACCCCUGGCAUGUGUCUGCUGAUUCUGCUGCUGUUAGCCCUGUAUCCUUUCCACUGAGACCCGGGAAGCCAUUCUGGCUUCUGUAAUCCAUAGUUAUGAGGCCCUACCUGGGAACUGCACCUCCCUAGGAUAGGCCAGGAGAAACCACAGCUUGCAUGAGCAUGAUAUGUUUUCCAGGUGCCCUAAGCAUGAGGGCCCAAGUCCUGUUCAGGCAAGGAUGGCCACCAUAGCAUAGCCAUCCUUCCCAUCCACACUGAGACCCCUUCCUGUCCACACUGAGACCCCAGCAUUGAGCUGCCAUUGUGAGGCCCAGGCCACAUCAUAUUGUCAUCUUUUCACCAUUAUUGCCAAACAAUAAAGAAAAAUGUCAGUCAC